AUGCCGAACCCUGGUGAAAAAACAGCGACCUCACGAUUUGCAGAAAACGAAAGCCCUAGUAUAGACAAAAUCCUGGGAACGGAACCUAAUAGCGAGCCAAUCCUUACAAGAGAACCUUCAAGCGCUGCUGUACAAAGUGGCGACGCGCCAUGGUCGAUAUGGUCUCCUAAACAGAGAAAGCUGAUUAUCCUGACAGCCUCUUUCGCAUCGCUACUCUCUCCUCUCUCCAGUCAAAUAUACCUUCCGGCUCUCGGCACCAUCGCAAAGGACUUGAACGUCACAAAUAGCCAGGUCAAUUUAUCUAUCACAACAUACUUAGUCCUCCAAGCUAUCGCACCGACAUUCACGGCCCAGCUAUCCGACACCGUGGGUCGAAGACCUUUAUACAUGGCUUGCUUCGUACUCUACAUGGCGGCCAACCUCGGACUGGCUCUGCAGAAUAACUAUGCGGCGCUGUUGGUGCUACGAUGCUUCCAGAGCGCUGGCAGCAGUGGGACUACCGCUUUGUCCAAUGCCGUGGCGACAGAUAUCACGACAUCUGCUCAGCGUGGGAGCUAUAUAGUAUAUGCUGCAGCUAUUCCAAUGCUGGGGCCGACGCUUGGUCCUAUAGCUGGCGGUCUGCUCGCUCAAUAUCGCGGAUGGCAUUCCGUUUUCUGGUUUCUAUUCGUGUUGACUGGCGCUGUCGCAGUUCCCAUGGCCAUCUUGUUCCCCGAAACGUGCCGCGAAAUUGUGGGCGAUGGGUCUAUCCCACCACAAAAAUGGAAUCGAUGCUAUACAAACGUACACAUGGAACGAAGAUUGAUGAAAGAGGGUAAUGACGUACCACAUAAUGAACGCGAUGGGUUCGGUGGGCCGCGGGGUGCUUAUAGUUGGAUUCCAAACCCCUUCAGCACAAUCACUCUGCUAUUGGAAAAAGAGUGUGGCUUCACGCUACUCUACGGCUCGUUACUCUGCUGCUCUUUCUAUGCGACGCUCACUCUUAUCCCAUCUCAAUUCCACGCAAUCUACGGCUUUAACGAGCUUCAAAUCGCGUUAUGCUUUAUUCCGUUUGGAGUCGGCAGCCUCGUCGCCGCCUUCAACCGAGGGCGCAUGCUCGACUCCAACUUCCGCCGUCACGCAACUCGUCUCGGCAUCACUACCGACAAGAACAAGCAGACAGAUCUCACCAACUUCCCCAUCGAGCGCGCUAGGCUCGAGGUCGCGCUGCCGACGAUCCUCCUAGGCAGCGCGUGCAUGGUCGGCUUUGGUUGGACGCUGCACUACAAGACCAAUCUAGCUGGGCCGCUGAUUUUGCUGUUUGUCAUUGCAUUUUGUCUCUCGGCUUCUCUGAAUUGUGCUACAUGUCUUAUGCUGGACCUGUACCCGGGAAAGGCGGGCACUGUUACAGCUUCGAAUAACCUCUUACGUUGCUUGCUGGGAGCUGGCGCGACUGCUGCCGUGGUCCCGCUGAUCAACGCUAUUGGAACUGGUUGGACUUUGACUGUCUUCGCGCUCCUCAAUAUCGUAUCUCUGCCACUUCUGUGGCAUGUUAUGAGGCAUGGGCCGGGCUGGCGAGCUGAGACUGCACGUAAAAAGGAGAUGGAGCAAACCCGUGCAGGUGAAUCGACGACCCAGUUAGAGUAG